GGACAGCUGAGAACACCAGAGAACUGGCAGUUGGGAGCCUGAUGGAGGACAAGCAGGGCCUGGAGGACAGGUACGUGACAGAAGCACAGGAAACAAAGAAAAAUGAAGAAAUGAAAACAAGAGUUCAUCACUACAGAGGCACCCAGACAGCGUAAAUAUCAUGAAAAGCUAAAAACUAGAAUCAUCUGGUAAAAUAAAUAAGACUCAUCAUGUCCUUUUCAGUCCGUAACCAGAAGGGCAGCAAAAGGCCUUUGCCACUGGGGCCUCAUCUUUUGCUCCAAGUCCCACGUAGCAAUUACCUGCACUUUCAAGAGGAGAAACAACGACUACACCUAAAGAAAUUCCUUCUUCAUAGGAUGUUUCUAGUGGCCAAGAUACAAACAAAGGUAGAAAGAAAAGAUGUUGCUGACUACUAUGAACAAGUGUUUCAGUCAGUUUUGAAACAUCACCUGGGAGAAACAGUGACAGGAUUGCUGCUCAUCUAUCCUACUUCCAUUCUGCAUAUCCUCGAGUCCUCCAGCGACACUCUCUACCAAGUGCUUUUAGAUUAUACUGGCCAUGACAAAGAUGAAACAGAAUUUUUUAUUCAACAAAUGAAAAUUAUAGUCAUUUCUCAUAACAUUCCAAUGAGGCUUUUUAUGCAAUGGCAUGUUUCAGUGAUAAAAGUGCCAGUUAUGUAUCUCGAUGAUGUGACACAAUCACAGUCCCUAAAAGAGGUCAUCACAGAUUUUCUCACACAAACUCAUAAACUGUCAGUCUAUCUUUGCAAGACUAUGAAAGUAGGCACUAAAGGACCAGGUGAUAACUUACACCAAGUUGCACCUGACCUGCUCCUCCCAGAACAAAUCAUAAAGUACUUGUGCAAAUCUGAAGAAUUCAUGGACCCAGCAACAUUUAUAAACAUGUAUAAUAGACCCAUACACAUCAUUCUGGAUUCUGAGGUGGUAUGGCCUGCUCCUUCACGUUUCUAGGAUUGAGAGGGAUAAUGUGCUCAUGUCUCUUAAGGAAUUUGUGCUACUUAAAUAAAGAAGAAAACAUUCUUAAAGUUACUUGUCCCUUUUAAAAGAAAAGAAACAGAACAUUGCAAUAUACAUGGAGGUAAUAUAUUAAUCUUCACAGAGUAUGUUGAGCUAAACUUUAAAAUGUAUCUAUUUGUUGUGAUAUUAGAGUUCAAUACAUUAUUUUACUAGAUAGAUGGGUUUAAUAAGUUUAUCAUAAGUUCUCAAAUAUUAACAUCAUUUUCAUGAAUUGACACUUUUCAAAAAAAAUAAAAUGGAUGAAAAAAGACAAAUGGAAUUCAGAUUGUCAUCCAAUCCCUCAACAGUUAAUGAAUAGUCAUGACUACACACCAGAAGUACAGUGUUCUGAGGGUAUAAAAUAGAGAAGAAAAAUCCCACCCUUGAGUUGCUUGCAACCUAAGGUUAGAGGAAAGUACAUGUAGAAGUAGUUACGAUAUGGUAUGUAAUGUAAUAUAAUAUAUCAUUAUAGUAGCAGUAUAUAGGAAGGGCUUUGAGAGCACAAGUGAAGGAAUAAUCACUGUAAAAUUCCUGCAUUCAGAAAACAAAAUCUAAUUAUAAAAAAUAUUUCCAAAGCCCAUAAAUUCUGGCCUAUACAAUCAAGAGCAUUGAGACCAUUAUAAAGCUACAGAAAACAAUAGCUAUUUGGAAUGAGAAGAAAAUACAUUUUCAAAUGGCAUUGUGCUACUCCAUGCAACAUCAUUUAUUGAACAUCCCUCUAUGUUACAAACAUUUGCCAGGCGCUAAGGGAUAUGGCAGGGUACACAGAAAACAUUAUCUGCCCACUAUUAAAACUUACUUCUAAAUGAUUUUAUGUAAAAUAAACAAUCUGGUUAUUUUCUCAAUUCACUUUCUAGAAAGUAACUAAUUAUAUAUGAUUUCUAUAUGACCAAUUUCAAGUUGAUCCCUUCUUUUAUCCAGAUGAAUACUUUUCGCAUUGUUUAAAAGUUUUUAGCUUGUUUAAACAAUUAAUUGACAUCAAUAUUUUGAAUACUGCAAUGAUAUAUGUCCCAAAUUACCUUAAUAUCUUAUGAAACAGACUUUGGAGUUAAUGGAGAAAAUACUUAUAUCAUCGUUUUAAUUUUUUUUUAUUUAAUUUUUAACUUAUUUGGGGGCCAAACCAAUCUCACUGUGCACUUCAAAUUUUUUGUUUGCAGAAAAUUUUGUUCUGCAUAUGAAAAUACUGACCAAAUUAUAUGUAACAAACAAAAUGUAUAUAAUAAACAAAAAUGAGAUGCAUCAUUGUUACAUAACAGAAUCAAAUUUUAGGAAAGACCAUUCUAUUUUCCAAAUUUUGUAAUACAUCAUUAAUUAGAAUGGUGUUUUUCACUUUUAACUGAACUUGAAGUUUCUUUCAAGUUAGUAAUAGAAAAAAAAUGUUUUAGACAAAAUGAGAAUUCUUCUAGCUAAGAAAGAGUAUAUAACUUUCAAAAUUUAUAUCAAUUUAGAAAAAAACACCUAAUAUUAAUCAACAAUAGGCUGUCUAUUCUUUAAACUGCGAAAAAGACACAGGGGCCCAUCAGUAGUAAAUGAUCAGUGACAAACUGACUGGAAACGUAAGUAAAUAUUUUCCCAGCCAAAAAAGGAAUAGAGAAAACGUUUAACAAAGAUAUACUCCUUGGUUCAGUAUUAGAAUGAAUGUGAAAGUGGUUUGGGAGAGAAGACUAGCAUAUAUAAGAGAAUAAUGGAUAAUAAAUGUUUAUUGGAUCAGA